AACCAAUGAUCUAUCCAGUUCCUGGUGAGCAUGACUGGACAAGGACCCCUGGUCCAGACAUUGACCCACCUGCAUUUAAAGUGAAGAGAGGAAGAAAGAAAGAGAAGAGGAUCAAGGGGAAAUUUGAAGUUCCAAAGCCUAAGGAGACAUCAAGAAUGGGGACUAUAACAUGUGGCAAUUGUGGACUGCAAGGACAUAGGUACACAAGCUGCAACAAGCAGUUGAAGCCUGAGCUGGCUUUGAGGAAGAACAAACAUGUGCCUCUUGCAAGGAAUUCCAAUGCUGGUGCUGCUGCUACUACACAAGCAUCAAGAACUUCUCAUCCAACUCCUACAACAACACCAACAGCUGGAACAGGAGCUGGGAGAGGAGCUGGGAGAGGAGCUGGGAGAGGGGCUGCAGCUGCAGCUGCUGGGAGUGAUGCUGCUAGAGGUGCUGGUAGAGGUGCUGGUAGAGGUGCUGCACCAGGUGCUGGGAGAGGUGCUGGGAGAGGGAGAGGUACAUUCUCUGCCCCAAGGCAAUCUGGUCCCUCCACAUCUACUGCUCCCUCUACAUCUACUGCUACUCCACCUUCUGGUGGUAGAAACAGAGGAUGGAGAGCCUACUUCUAUGCAAGUGGUAACCACUAAAUGGCACAUGUGCCAUGUAAUGUUCAAAACUAGAUACUUCAUGUGUGUUCUUGCAUCCUAUGGUACAAUGUGAUCUUGCUGGUGCUCUCAGUGUACUUUGCUGGUGCUCUUAUUAUACUUUGCUGGUGUACUUUAAGAAUCAAUGCCAUAUAUGGCUUUUGUUCAUGUGGAUGGAUGGAUUUAUUUAUUAGUUAAUGCCAUUUCUGGAGCUGGCUUUUGUUCAUGUGGAUGGAUGUGAUCUUGCUAUUUAUUAGUUAAUCAAUGCCUGGAAUGGACUAUGUUCAUGUGGAUGGUUCUUUUUAUAUCUUUUUAUGAUUGAUAUGUUCAUGACAAUGGUGCAUACUAUUGGAUAGAGUAACUCUGUUGCUGGAUAUAUUGCUGGAUAUAUUGUUGUAUACAUUGUUGGAUAUGUUGUUAAGGUC